UCCCCGGACGAGGCGCGGGGGAGGGGAGGACUGGUGGAUUUGACCCCCGAGCGCCGCCGGUGCGCUCAGGUCCUUUCCUGCCCACCAGCCUCCACCUGCCCAGUGAUCAUGAUAGUGUUUGUCAGGUUCAACUCCAGCCAUGGUUUCCCAGUGGAGGUCGAUUCUGACACCAGCAUCUUCCAGCUCAAGGAGGUGGUUGCUAAGCGACAGGGGGUUCCAGCUGACCAGUUGCGUGUGAUUUUCGCAGGGAAGGAGCUCAGGAAUGACUGGACGGUGCAGAACUGUGACCUGGAUCAGCAGAGCAUCGUUCACAUUGUGCAGAGACCGUGGAGAAAAGGUCAAGAAACAAACGCAGCUGGCAGGGCCAGCCCCAGAGGCCUCAUGGGAGGCUCUGGGAGGGAGCCCCAGAGCCUAACUCGGGUGGACCUCAGCAGCUCCCUCCUCCCGGCAGACUCCGUGGGGCUGGCUGUGAUUCUGAACACUGAGAGCGGGAGCGACUCUCCACCGGCUGGAAGUGCAGCAGGUAGACCAGUCUACAACAGCUUUUAUGUUUAUUGCAAAAGCCCCUGUCAAAGAGUACAGCCAGGAAAACUCAGGGUGCAGUGCAACAUCUGCAAACAAGCAACACUCACCUUGGCCCAGGGUCCGUCUUGCUGGGAAGAUGUUUUAAUUCCAAACCGAAUGAGUGGCCAAUGCCAGUCUCCAGACUGCCCUGGGACUACAGCAGAAUUUUUCUUUAAAUGUGGAGCACACCCAACCUCCAACAAGGAAACCUCAGUAGCUUUGAACCUGAUCACAACAAAUAGUCGAGACAUCACUUGCAUAACGUGCACAGAUGUCAGGAGCCCUGUCCUGGUUUUCCAGUGCAACUAUCGCCACGUGAUUUGCUUAGACUGUUUCCACUUAUACUGUGUGACAAGACUCAAUGAUCGGCAGUUUGUCCACGACCCCCAGCUUGGCUACACCCUGCCUUGUGUAGCUGGCUGUCCCAACUCCUUGAUUAAAGAGCUCCAUCACUUCAGGAUUCUGGGAGAAGAGCAGUACAACCGCUACCAGCAGUACGGGGCCGAAGAGUGCGUGCUGCAGAUGGGGGGCGUGCUGUGCCCCCGCGCCGGCUGCGGAGCGGGGCUGCUGCCUGCGCCAGGCCAGAGGAAAGUCACCUGUGAAAGCGGCAGCGGCCUGGGCUGUGGGCUUGUCUUUUGCCGGGAGUGUAAAGAAGCGGACCACGACGGGGAGUGCAGCGCCCUGUUUGCAGCCUCGGGAACGGUUGCUCAGGCCUACAGAGUUGAUGAAAGAGCCGCAGAGCAAGCUCGCUGGGAAGAGGCCUCCAAGGAAACUAUCAAGAAAACCACCAAGCCCUGUCCUCGCUGCCACGUCCCAGUUGAAAAAAAUGGAGGAUGCAUGCACAUGAAGUGUCCUCAGCCCCAGUGCCGGCUCGAGUGGUGCUGGAACUGCGGCUGCGAGUGGAACCGCACCUGCAUGGGGGACCACUGGUUCGACGUGUAGCUGAACGCCAGCCGCACCACCCCAGACGGAAACACGCACAGCGUCCUACCUUCAUUUGCUACUUCCUUUCCAAAUACGCACAUACACACACACUUCAAACUCCCUUUCCAAAAUCACAAAAGCAAAUUAACAAGCUCCUGUAUCCUUUUCACUGUGUCCAUGACAAACAGCAGAGCCAGCUGUGACACCAGCAAGAGGUAUUAUCAGGCCUCAGGAGCCAACAGCAGAGAACAGAUCAAGGCCCCAUGCCUGUGCCCGGUGUGCACCGUAAUUCUCACGGGAAUUCAGGUCGGGCUGGGUCAGUAACAUGGAGAGAGAUUUCUCAGGUUUAAUUUCCUGCGUUUUACCUUCAGUAAAUACUGUGAAGAAACCAUCAGCAAGGUGGGAAAUAGUUUCAGGGAACUGUUCAGGGGCUUCUCUGUAAGAUUCUGCAGUGCGUUCUCAAAACCAUAUUCAUGGCUUUAAGAACACUGUUCUUAUUUAAAUUUUCAGAGAGCAUCUGUUCCCAAAGAGCCCCAGGCAAUAGUCAAAAAUAUUUGUUUAUCCUCAAGAAUUCUAUCUUUAUAAAUUACAUUGGUGAAAUAUCAACUAUGCAUAAAUCAGUUUGUCAACUAAGUGAGAAAUUGUGAAAGUUACUUUGAAUGUUGAGUGUUUGAAUUACAGGGAAAAAAUCAAAACUUAAUGCACUUUCAUUCCAUUUAAUUAUUUGCAACUUUAAGAAGAGAUUGUUUUUCUUAAAAUAUUACAAAAUCUAUAAUUUGAUUUUAAGUAUUCAUUUUGCAGCUAGCGCAUUUGACUCCACUAUAAAUUUAAUGGAUAAAGGGCCUCUAAAGGAGCCGUAUGUAGAAAAGGUUUCAUAACGAUAUUCCAUCUUAAGGAAAGUGCACAUUAUUAAAUCAGAAGCUUGAAAGAGGAGCGUUUUCAAGACUGUCAGAAUACAAACAUGCCUGACUCCCUCCGUGAGCGGGCGGCGCUGCCUCUGCGCACCUGCCCUGGGCCCGCGGCCUGCAUGGCCCAAGAGCCUGGCAGGGCCUCCUGGGCUCCUCCCAGGAGAGUACUUUUCUUCAAACAGUAAAGCAACUGGAAUAUUCCUCAUGUUAACAUGGACUGAAUUUGAGUGAUCAGAUUUUCCACUGUUUUUCUGAGAUAUUCACGACUCAUCAAAAAGAUUAACACUAGAUGUGGCAAGCCACAUUUCCCCCCGCCCCGCACCGUGUGCAGAUAGUGGAGAAGGUACAGCCGCUGUCUUCUGUCCUUGUGAGCUGUGGACGUCUCAGGGAGAUCGUGAGCGUGACUGAGGGCAUGAUGAGUCACCCCAGCACAUGGAGUCCCGUUUGGGUGUAGAGUCUCCGAAAAUGAUGAAAUCGGUAGCCGGGCUUCUCUUUUCAGAUGUAGCGCCUGAAGUCCUUGCUGGCAGGAAGAGAGGGGAUGGACUCAGAAAUUUUCCAAGUCACAUCCCAAAGACAUCUGUUCGUCUUCACCUAACUGCUUCAGACGGUCCAUUUCUUCCAGCCACCGGGGACAGUCCUUUCCCUCAGAGGCACGGCCCCGGGGCAGCCACAGCAGCGCCCACAGCCCCCCAGGCUCCGUGGGGUGGUGCACCUGCUCAGCACAGCCCCGACUGCCAGACCUGUGUCCAGGGGCCCAAAGAGCCCAUGGAAACGAUGGGAUGUCUGUGUAGUGUGAGGAAAAGGAAGGUCACCGAGUGUGAGCCCACCAAUCCCAACGGCUCCCAUCCACACUCAGUCUGGACCCCAAUCAGGGCCUGACACUGCGUCACCAACAAUCCCAGUCAAUUGCGUCUCCUUACACUGACCCAAUGUGACAGUCACCUGGCUCCCACUGUCCUGUGGAGCAUGCAGCACUGUUUAUCAUCCGUAGCUUAUUUUUAAUGAUGUUUUCAUUAUUGCCUCUUCCAAAUGUGCACGGUGUGCUGGGUUUGCAAUGCCUGAAAGAGUUUUGCUCCCGUGAGUUUUGGGAGCUGUUUAGCUGUCCAGCGUGGUCUCUUUUUCUUUCUUGGGGGUGCUCGGUCUUUCUUUCUUCCUUCCUUUCUUUCUUUCUUGCUUUCUUUUUCUUUCUUUUUCUCAGAACAGUGAUUCUUAAAAUAAGUUAAAGAAAAACAGCCACUCUGCAUGAGCAUGAAUCACAAACUCUUGUUUGAGCGUGAACGGUGUAACAAAAUAUGAAUACAUCAAAAGAAUAAAAGUAAAGCCUUUGUAGAAGAAUCUUUAUUUUCCUCUGACAUGUGUUAAGAAAUAUCUGACUAUUAUGUCUAAGG